AUGCCUGGUGAACUCAAGAGAAUGCAAACUAUUGUAGAACAAAAUAACAGGCCUUUUUAUAUGCAUAUUACUGAAGGAAAUGAAAUUAGUGAAAUACUGCCAGGGUAUAGGUGUCAUUCUGAUAGUAAAUUUAGUGAUAUUGAAAUAGCACCGAGUUAUGCUAUAAUAAGUUUAUACCAGCAACUUUUUCGCUAA